AUGGCGGAGGAUUUAGAAACUCCGUAUCAUCCCGACCCGGACGAUCUCCGGCGAAUACCAGUCGAUCUCUUCGUCUCCAAGAAGUUUCCCGACCUUUCCGCCGGCGAUCUCGGCUUUGCCGAUUCCUCCGACCAUCUCCUCUUCAUCCUCCGCAAAUCGUCUUCCACUUUAAAAUCUCUCCUUCAUUCCUCCGGAGCUCCUCUUUUCUCCAUCUCUCGUCUCCACAACGGAAUGUGGGAGUUACAUAAAGGAGAUGUCGAAAACCGUAAAGAGUUGGUCCUAACGGUGAAGCGGACAGCAAACAGAUUCAGCAAGAUAGAGUUAGAGGUUUCUUUUACCGGAGAGUCUUCACAACAUCUUGUUAUCAAAGGUUGUCCCUUUCAGAAAUCAUGUACCAUUUACAGUCAAGAUUCCAUUGUUGCACAGACGAGUUUGAUGUACAAGCUGAGGCAGAUCUACGUAGGGAGAAGCAAGUUCAGGCUAACGAUAUUUCCAGAAUCCGUCGAUCAUUCUCUAGUAGUCGCAAUGAUCAUACAAUACGCAAAAGCAAAGUCAGAUUGUAUUGCUAAAGCCGAAGGAACUUUCGUACCAAAAGAUAAGAAGAGGAAGCAAGAAGAGAAAGUGGAAAGAAAGCGUGAAGAAGCGCAAAGACCAAAUACAGCUAAUGGCCCAACUUACCAGAACGGAAACCCUGCGCCGCCUCCGUUCCAGCCUAACGGGGAAGAAGCAAUGCCACCAAACAACAUACUCUUCAUUCAGAAUCUUCCAUACGAGACAACAAGCACGAUGCUACAGCUUCUCUUCGUCCAGUACCCAGGAUUCAAAGAGAUAAGAAUGAUCUCAGCAAAACCAGGGAUUGCGUUUGUCGAAUACGAAGACGAAGUUCAGUCUUCAAUGGCAAUGCAAGCUCUUCAAGGUUUCAAAAUCACUCCUCAGAACCCAAUGGUCAUCUCUUUUGCCAAGAAAUGA